UUCUCUUCGACUUCUUUCGUGGUCAAAUCAAGGCAACAACGGCAGAGAAGAAGGCAAAGAUCAGGCGUUUCCUUCUCGUCGCUGGUGGAUAAUCGUCCGGUCGAGCUCGAACGAGGAAAGGAGAAGCAUUUGAAACUGCAAUUAGUGAACUCCCAUAGCAAGGGCUGGGAGGAGUUUUUCUAUCGAAUGGGGGGAUUGAAUUGGGUCGUGGCAGUAGUUUUGCUCGGUUCACUUUUCCAAUCGCCGAUUGUGCGGGCGAAAGAGCAGCUCAGCUCGAGAGAAUGCGAGGAUCUAGGCUUCACCGGACUCGCCCUUUGCUCCGAUUGCCACGCUCUUGCUGAGUACGUCAAAAAUCAAGAACUGGUCUCCGACUGUUUGAAAUGUUGCAACGAGGACUCCGAUGAUUCCAUGAGCAAGGUUACCUACUCUGGUGCAGUACUGGAGGUUUGCAUGAGGAAAUUGGUUUUCUAUCCUGAGAUCGUUGGCUUCAUUGAGGAAGACAAGGACCAGUUCGGCAGUGUUAAAGUUCAAUACAGUUUCAACUCUCCACCAAAGCUGAUCUUGCUGGAUGAUGAAGGCCAACAUAAAGAAACCAUUAGAAUCGACAACUGGAAACGCGAGCACAUCUUGCAGUUCCUGCGUGAGAAGCUUAAACCCAAGUCGGUAUCAGCAUCCUAAGUGCUUGGUAUUACCUUCAUGUUCUGGUCCAAGAUGGGAGGGACUUCAUUGGAGAGAUGAAGGUACUGGUGCUUAGAUUUGAAAGAAUAGGUCUAAUGUUAUGGUUUUGAAUGAUUGGAAUAAACAAGGACUAGACAGAUGUGAACCAGACAGACAAAAGACUGAAUUCAAACAGGCAUUUGUAUUUUGGCAGUUGAAUGAGUUGCGUUCAGUCUCCUGCUCAAUUAUUUGAUUGGAAUGAACUUCACUGGAUAAGCUGUUUUUACAUAUGGAAACAUCCUAUGAAAGAUUUCCGUCGGCACAACAACUUAAUAGG